AUGACGAAUUAUACAGAAUUUAUAAAGUCGCAAAGUAGUGGUCAAGCACCUAUCGAUUUAAAUGACAAAAUUGUGCGACCUAAGAGAUUUUCACCAUUAAUUUUAAAUGGCCAUUGGUUAAAAGAUGGAAAUGCAACUUUGUGUAAUGACGGCAUAAAAGCAAUUAUUUAUUUAAAUGGUGAUAGGAUUCCAUCAAUGAUAUCUGGAGGGCCGCUUAUAAAUGACGAGUAUGAAUUUCAUAAUGCGCAUUUUCAUUGGGGUGAAGAUGAUUGUAGAGGUGCUGAACAUACAAUAAAUGGUACUUGGUUUUCCAUGGAAUGUCAUAUGGUGCAUUGGAAUCAAAAAUAUCUCACUUUUGCAGAAUGUUUAAAAUAUCGAGAUGGUCUUUGUGUAUUAGCUUAUUUAUUCUUGGUCCAAUCAGGAUGUUGCAACGUCAAAUUUGAAAAAAUCUCUGAAAAUCUAAAAUACAUUCAGAAUGCUGAAUCGGAGAUAAAUAUUCCAGCAGAUUGUUUAUCAUGGAUGCGGGUAGCAACAGAUUGUUCAUAUUAUUACACAUAUCAUGGAUCGUAUAACGUAGGCAAUAAUCCGGAAUGUGUUACAUGGAUCAUAUUUCCAGUCAUUAUUCCUAUACAAUCUUGUCAAGUUAAUGAAUUUCGAAAAUUAAAGGACAUAAAUGGCGAAUUUAUAAAAGCCAAUUGGAGAGAUAUUCAACCUUUACGAGGACGACAAAUAUUUUUAGCUCUUCAUUUCAUCGAUUAA